GUCGCAGCCUUCGCACAAGGACACCACGGCCUCCUCACCAACUGUGAGCACUGAGGCCUCCAGCGACGGUUCUGCUGACAGCAGGCAGGAAACCCCACGGGAGGUGGAGGGUCCUGCAGCACCGAAGCUGGUAUGGAAGGUGAAAGGCGCUGACGAGGUACCGGAGGUACCCGGCGAGGACGUGGGCGCCGAGCCCACGGAAAGUCUUGAAGAAGUCGCCGUGCGACUGAUCCUUGGACAGGUCUCCCGGCCGGAGCGUAAAGGAUAUGUGUGGAUUGAGAACUGGAACAAGCGCUUCCAGAAGGAGCUCGGCACUCUCCGUGGGUUCAUCGAAAGCCGACCGGAUCUGUUCCAGGUGAAGCCUGGGAACGGACGAAGCUACCGGGUGGAGGCUACGGAACCGGUGACUGCCGUUGAGAAAACGGGCAGCAAGAACCGGUGGCGUAGGUCCCGACGACACAAUUGA